GCAAUAAACAUAGCAGCAUAGCUAAUGUAGGAGAGUUGGUUGUGCUUGUUUAGCCCAUGAUGAAGGAGCUGCGGACAUUGGGCUUUUGGCGGGCUGUCCUUGCUGAGCUAAUUGGGACAACCUUAUUUGUUUUUUCGGGUAUUUCUGCAGCAAUUGGGAAUGGAAACAGCAGCUAUCCAGACCAGGAAGUAAAGGUAGCAUUAGCAUUUGGGCUAGCCAUUGCUAUUUUGGUUCAGAGUUUGUGCCAUGUCAGUGGAGGUCACCUGAACCCAGCGGUUACGCUUGGCAUGCUGGUUAGCUGUCAGGUUAGCAUGUGCCGGGCAUUCUGGUACAUCAUGGCUCAGGUGACUGGGGCUGUGAUUGCUAGUGGCAUUGUUCUGGGAGUGAGACCAUCAGUGGUGGAUUCACUUGGGCUGAACAAGCUGAAUGGUGUCAGCCUGGGACAAGGCUUUGGGAUUGAGUUUCUCCUCACACUCCAGAUGGUGCUGUGCUUCCUAGCAACGACGGAUGAAAGGCGGAACAACGUUGUUGGUUCGGCUCCGUUUGCAGUCGGGCUCUCUGUGGUUCUGGGUCACCUUGCAGGAAUUAGUUACACUGGCUGUGGACUCAACCCUGCUCGAUCCUUCGGUCCGGCUCUGGUGUUGGUGGAGUUUGAGCACCACUGGGUGUUCUGGGCGGGGCCACUGUGUGGCGGUGUCGUUGCCGCACUCCUCUAUGACUUCAUCCUGUUUCCUAGAGGUUCGGACAUCGCUGGACGGCUGAAGGUUUUGUGCCAUGGUGCUGAUGCUUCAGAUGCUUCAGAUGCAGAAACCGAUCCCCUGCUUGAAGGCAGUGCUCCUGCAGCUCAGUGGGAGAAACCAUGAAAACGGAUGCUUUCAAACUGCUGGAAAAUAAAGCUAACUGAGAAAGAUUCAAAAAUAUCUGCAGUGAGAUGGUCCAGGAUCUGCAGCUUUUCAGUGCAGGAAGACAAAGGACUCCACCUUGAGUUCUCAGAUUUACAGAUGUGAGGACAAACAGCAUCAUGAGAUUCA